GUGGCAAUCGCCACCCCAAGCUAUUGUUCUUGUCGUCUCCCAUUAUCGUUGUGCUUGAACACUGCCAGUACUUGUGUAUAUAGUGGUUGCCGAAGAAGCCGCUCAUUGUACAGUUCUGUAAUAGUUUACUCCUUGGACGCAAAUCUGCUGCCUGGGCGCUUUCUUGGCUUCUUUCGGCCACGACAUCUAAUUAGCGGCAGCGUCAACUUGAAUAGCUUGGGCACUCCUCUGUGAAAUUGCCUUAGUUUUCUGCUGUUCUGGCUUCUUUUCUAAUUUCUUUUUUAUUUGGGUUUUUUUUGGUAUUAUUGGUAAACGGUUUGUAACGCGUCUCGUUGCUUACUCGAACGCGUGUUAAUUGUAUUUUGUGGUAACUGGAUUACCAUUGAAACAAAGAGUUUUCUUGUUAUAAAAUCACAUUUGGUUGUGAUCCGUGGCUUUCUGGUUUCUUUUCGUUGCUUUGUUGUAAAUAUGGCUUCUCGGUUUUCGAAUUUUUUUGAAGAGCUUGAUCUGCGUGUCGCUCGCUCCCCCGUCGGACGAUGGUUUCGUUUGGAAGGUUGCGGCCACCCUCGUGAGCGUAAGGGCUCGCGCUUCUCUGUUGAAAUCCGUGCUGGAUUAACUACGUUCUGUGCAAUGGCCUACAUUCUGGCUGUGAACGCGUCCAUUUUGAGUUCUACGGGUGGUACGUGUGUCUGUACAAACGCCGAGGACCCUACGUGUAAAAAUGAUGCUGCCUAUGAGCUCUGUCGGAGCAGCAUCCACCGUGACAUUGUCACUGCGACAGCUGUCGUUUCCUGUAUCGCUUCUGUCUGUAUGGGUUUGUUUGCGAAUCUGCCAGUUGGUAUGGCUCCCGGUAUGGGUCUGAACGCGUAUUUUGCGUAUCAGGUUGUCGGUACCAAUGGUACUGGUCGUGUUUCUUACCGCGAAGCCUUGUUGGCUGUGUUUGUUGAGGGUUUCAUCUUCUUUGGUCUUACUAUUCUUGGUCUGCGUCAAUGGCUUGCGCGAGCGAUUCCUGCGUCACUCAAAUUCGCUACUGGUGCAGGCAUUGGUCUCUACUUAACCAUUAUUGGUCUUUCGCCUAGCGCUGGUCUUGGUGUUCUUGCACAUUCUGAUUCAGACAUUAUUGGUCUUGGAGGAUGUCCUUCUGAGUACCUGACCAGUGAUUAUUCAUGUAAUGGUCAUACGUUGGAAUCACCUACCAUGUGGCUUGGUAUCUUUGCUGGUGGUGUUCUGACCGCUGUUUUGAUGAUGUAUCAUUUCAAGGGUGCCGUUCUUUGUGGUAUUGGUUUGGUGACGAUUAUCAGUUGGCCAAGGAACACGAGCGUAACAAUGUUCCCGCAUACAGCAACAGGCGAUUCUAACUUCGAGUAUUUCAAGCAGGUUGUUAGCUUCAGAAAAAUUAAGGACAUUCUUGCGGCACAAGAUUGGCAUGUGUCGGGUGGACAGUUUGGCAUCGCCUUAAUCACCUUCUUGUACGUCGACAUUAUGGAUAUGACCGGUACUUUGUAUGCCAUGGCUCGCUAUGCGGGUCUCGUUGAUGAUCGUACUCAAGAUUUUGAAGGAUCUGCCUUGGCGUAUAUGACCGAUGCCUUAAGUAUUUCCGUUGGUUCGCUUUUUGGAUGCUCUCCCGUUACCGCCUUUAUUGAAUCUGGUUCCGGUAUUUCCGAGGGCGGUCGUACUGGUCUGACCGGUAUCACUGUAGGUGCCUGCUUUUUCAUUUCCAUUUUCUUCUCGCCCAUCUUUGCUUCUAUCCCCGUCUGGGCCACGGGUUCCACUCUUGUUAUUGUCGGCAGUAUGAUGAUGAAGAGUGCUGCCCUUGUCAACUGGGGUUAUAUGGGUGAUUCUAUCCCCGCUUUUCUUACGAUUGCUUUGAUGCCUUUUACGUAUUCCAUUGCCUACGGACUUAUUUGCGGUAUCGUUACGUACAUCGUUCUGAAUACUCUGACUUGGGUUGUCGGAAAGGUCUCUUUCGGAAAGCUCACACCUGCUGACGCUGACCAGAAAGAACCAUGGACUUGGAGAGUGGAGGGUGGUAUUUUGCCUCCUUGGGUUCAACGUUUGUUGAAGGGUGAUCGCCGGUUCUGGGAGGAUCCUGAGGACCGUAAGUUUUUCGAAAACGCCGCUCUGGAAAUGCACAUUUCGGAUGAACAUCACAGUGAAAAGAACACCAAGAGCACAUUCUCCGAAAAACAAGUUCCUAUGGAAGAGGUCGUUGAGACUGAAAUUGGUGAACUUGAGAUACGCACCACAAAUACGCGUCCCUCUGAAGAUCCAAGUGUUCGUCGGGAGCUAACUCCCUACGCAGGCAUUGAUGUCAAUACAGACUUGCGUAUAAAACAGAAUUAGACAGACUUUUUUGUUCACAUCUAGACUGCUAAUGAAAUCAUUCGCAUACACAUA